AUGGCUCCAUCUUCUGUCAUUGUCACUUCCCGCUUUCAUGAAUCCGUAACUCGAAAUGCACUUCGCUCCUAUUUCUCUGAGUUCAUCUCCACUUUCUUCUAUGUCUUUGUUGUGGUUGGCUCUGGAAUGUCCUCAAGGAAGUUGAUGCCUGAUGCUUCAUUGAACCCAACCAGUCUGGCGGUGGUUGCCAUUGCAAAUGCUUUUGCUUUGUCCUCUGUAUUGUAUAUUGCAUGGGACAUCUCUGGGGGACAUGUCAAUCCGGCUGUGACCUUUGCAAUGGCAGUGGGAGGCCACAUUAGUGUACCAACUGCUCUCUUUUACUGGGUUGCUCAGCUUAUUGCCUCUGUUAUGGCUUGCCUUGUUCUAAGGGUCAUUGUUGUUGGAAUGCAUGUGCCAACAUACACCAUUGCGGAAGAGAUGACAGGGUUUGGAGCAUCAGUACUAGAGGGAAUUCUGACAUUUGUUUUGGUGUACACUGUGUAUGCUGCUAGGGACCCUAGGCGCGGAUCAUUGAGUUCCAUCGGUACACUUGCAGUUGGGCUAAUAGCUGGGGCAAAUGUCUUGGCUGCAGGCCCAUUCUCUGGAGGGUCCAUGAACCCUGCAUGCGCUUUCGGCUCGGCAGCCAUUGCUGGCAAUUUCAGGAACCAAGCAGUGUAUUGGGUUGGGCCCUUGAUUGGUGCUACCAUAGCUGGCCUUCUUUAUGACAAUGUGCUGUUCCCUUCUCAGACUACAGAUUUAGUUAGAGGGAUUUCGGGAGUUGGGGUGUAA